UGCCAAGAUAGACAUUAUACUUUUUUCAUGUCUUCUACAACCAUUUCUCUUUUCGCCUACUACAUACCACCCCUCUCACAACCACACAUCUCAUCCAACAAACACCUAACAACAAAAACACUAGUUUCAAGAUUCACCUCAUGGAGAUUCCUCUUAAACAUGACAAGAAGAACAACAUCAAAUCAUUUCCGGCGGCUAUAAAUGUCGGCUCCGGUGGCCUUGGAAUAGUAAGUGUUGUGUUGUUAGGUGGAGCUUUGGUCACUGCAACCAUUGUGUCAGCUUUUGCAUUCAGGUCAAGAAGUCAACGGAGAUCAUCAUCGGAUCAUACGAACAAGAAUAUGUCUCAGUCAACGGACACACAGUCUGUUGGUGCUCCAAAGAAGUUGGAAUUAGUUAUGAAGACUGAUACAGAGUUUUCUAUGAGUGAAGAGGUAACUAGCAUGAAGGAGAUCCAGACUGAAAAUAGUCAAAGUUUGACUCAGGACAAAAAGCAUGAUGAACAAGUACAUUCUGGAGAUAUUAAUGAAGACAUAACCGAUUCAGUAGUAGCCGAAAAUCAAGAAAACACAUCGGUUCGAGUUGAUUCUGCUUUUGAAAGUGAAGAACAAGUGGUUAUGGCAGUUCAGAUUGAAAAAGAUUCAUGUUUAGAGAGAUGUGAUGAUGGUAGUGAAGAGAAGAAACACUUGAUGCCGACUGAUAACGAAAACGAUGAACAUGUUGAUGCAAAUUCAUUAGUUUCUGAUGAAGGUGUCGUGUCGAUAGAAGAAUAUGAAGCAGUUGAUGUACCUCUUAAAGAUAGUGUUGCAGAAGCAUCAAAAAAUAAUGAUGAAAUUGAAGACGAUGAAGAUCAUCAAGAAGUAGAAGACAAGCUUCAUGAUGAAAUUACUAUGGAGAAUUGUGAAGGGGACUUGAGUGAUGAAACAGAUCAGAUUGCCCAUGAAGUAGUAACAGAAGAAGAAACGAUUGAUGCAGCGCGUUUGGUUGAGAAUGAAGUACAAAACCGCCCACGAGUGCAGUUACUUGAUGGCCAAGAUGAGGUCGUUUUGGAGAAUUGUGAGGGAGACCUGAGUAACAAAAAAGGUCCUGCAGAUCAGAAACAAGUGAUGGCUGAUCAUGAAGUUGCACCAGAUGCCCAAGAAAUGCAAGUGAAUCAAAAUUGUGAAACAUUUGUGGUUGCAUGUGUCAUGAACCGACUCAAGGAGGCGGUUGAUGAUCAAACAGCGGCUAAGGAAGAUGCCCCACCAAGCCAGUUGAUUAGUAAAGAAGAGAAAGGCAAAGAAACAGCGCAAAGAGUCGAAGAACUGGUGACUGUAGACGGUGAAUCAGCCAACGUAGAGAUGAUUACAGAACAUGAAUUGGUCAAGGAAGAUGAAAUCCCACAUGUUGAAUCUGUUAAAGAAGAUGAAGGUAGUGAGGAAGAUGUCAUGGUAAAAGCUGAGCUAAGUUCUGGUGUCAGUUCCUCCUCUAUGCAGGAGGAACCGACACCAGAAGCAAAGAUCAGUAACCACAAGAUCGAAGAAACAUUUGUGCAAGCCAAAGUAGAGAUGACUAUAGACCAAGAAUUGGUCAAGAAAGAUGAAAUCCCACAUGUUGAAUCUGUUAAAGAAGAUGAAGACAAUGAGGAACUUGUUACAAUAAAAGCUGAGCUAAGUUCUGGUGUCAGUUCCCCCUUUGUGCGGGAGGAACCGACACCAGAAACAAAGAUCAGUGACUACAUGAUUGAAGAAAACAUGGAUGAAAACCAAACAAUUUUGGACAAAAAUCAUAAUAAUAGUGAAGAAGAUGCCAUAGAAAAAGUUGAGCUAAGUUCGGGUGUCAGUUCCCCCUCUGUGCAAGAGGAACUGACGCCAGAAGCAAAGCUCACUAACCACAAGAUGGAAGAAAACAUGGAGGAAAACCAGACAAUUUUGGGCAACAAGCAUGAUGACAGUGAGGAGGAUGUUACAGAAAAAGCUGACCUAAGUUCUGGUGUCGGUUCCUCCACUAUGCAGGAACCGACACCAGAAACAAAGAUUGGUAACCACAAGAUUGAAGAAAACACGGAUGAAAACCAGACAUUUUUAGGCAAAAAGCAUAAUGACAGCAACGUUAACGGAGUAAUAAAAGAUCAGGCAUUCGCAAGUGAGCCAUGGAAUCUUAAACUGAUGGUAUGGUCUGCAUUGGUAUUAGUAUGGUGCCUUUUCCAUUGGUAUUCUGAGCUGCCUUUCCUGGAACUUAGUCUUGUUGGUAGUUUGUUGUUCAUUUUGAUCUUAUUAGCCUACCACAAUCGCGCAACACGCUUGGUUAAAUAUGAGUAGAAAUACAGUACCAUAAGCUACAACAUCUAGUUCUUGUCUUAACCUUAAAAGUGGCAUUCUAGGACGAUUCAUGUCCACAUGUACUAUGAUUGUCAUCCAUAAUAAGUGGUCUAAAAAUAAAACAUCAUCUAUGAGUAGCCAUUUUGAAUUC